CAGCGGAUGUGCGGAUGAUUCAGUGGCUGGCAGAAACCCCGCCCUGUCCGCCCGCCAGUGUCAGUGGUGUUGGCAUCGCUGGAGCAGGUGUGCGGGCUCAGGAUGGGGUGGCCGCGGUGAGGAGCCCUGGACUCUCAGGGAUUUGGGAAGUCCGGGGAGGUCCUGAGACUCGUCAAAGGCCACGCAGCUUUCAAGCCGGACAGCCCAGGCCCUGGUGUGCCUCCGGGGGAACCCAAGGCAGGAGAACCACAGGAGGCGACACCAGGAGCCAGCAUGAACCCAGGGACUGAACUGCUGUGGCCCGGGGCAGCGCUGCUGGUGCUGCUGGGGGUGGCGGCCAGCCUGUGUGUGCGCUGCUUCCGUCCAGGUGCAAAGAGGUCAGAGAAAAUCUACCAGCAGAGAAGUCUGCGUGAGGACCAACAGAGCUUUAUGGGGUCCCAGACCUACUCCUUGGUCGGGCAGGCAUGGCCAGGACCCCUGGCGGAGACGGCACCCGCAAGGAAGGACAAGCUGCUGCAGUUCUCCCCCAGCCUGGAGGAUCCAGCAUCUUCCAGGUACCAGAACUUCAGCAAAGGAAGCAGACACGGGUUGGAGGACGCCUAUGUAGACCCCAUUGCCAUGGAGUAUUACAACUGGGGGCGGUUCUCAAAGCCCCCCGAAGAUGAUGAUGCCAAUUCCUACGAGAAUGUGCUCAUUUGCAAGCAGAAAACGACAGAGCCAGGUGCCCAGCAGGAGGGCACAGGUGGCCUCUGCGGAGAACACAGUCCCUUGCCAGCUCUGAAGACUGACCCCACCUCCAGUCCCUGUCCCUCUGUCCCCCUGGAAGAAGAUGAGGAAUCUGAGGAUUAUCAGAACUCAGCAUCCAUCCGUCAGUGGCGAGAGUCCAGGAGGGCCAUGGGGCAAGUCCAGAGAGAAGCAUCCCCCCGCCCGGCCGGAAGCCCAGAUGAGGAGGAGGAUGGGGAACCGGAUUACGUGAACGGGGAGGUGGCGGUCUCAGAAGCCUAGGACAGACCAAGAAGGAGCCAAGGCGAACAGCCCAGGGGACCGCUGUGCUCCCGGACCUGUCACUGCCUUCCGAGGACCAUUUCCCAGAGCUACUCAACUUUCAAGCCCACUGCAAUCACAGCUCCUGGAAGGAGCACCAGCCACCCUGAGGACCACCUGGCCAUGGACACACAGCCCGGGAAAGGACAGUAACUUGUGGGAGCUGCAGCCCUGCCACUAAGCCGUCUCCCGAUACGGGCUUUGUGGGGCGGACACCUGGUGCCGAGGAUAACCUGGCUCCGGGUGUGGACGAUGGAUGCCCAGGAUUUAGGAUAAGCGGUCACCCUGUCCGCGUAACCAAAACCAUUCUCCAACACUGGUAUCUGUGCCCUUUUUUUGCUAUUAAUUUGGAUUCCUAACUGCUAUUGUUGGUUGCUGGGGUUUGUAAGGAUAAGCUUGGACAGAUAAUUUAUAGAGGUGGAGCCAUAUUUAAUAUUCUGGAUUUAGAGAUUUCUGUCUUGUCUCUUAGAAAGCAUUACAUGUAGUUGAUUUCACCAUCCUGGGUAGGUGGAGCCUUGGCUGUUUCCCUAAUGGGAACCUCCUCCUCCUCUGGGCCUCAGUUCACUUAGGAAGAAAUGAGGCUGUUGCCAUCUUUAUGAACUUCCAGUGGAAAUGUCCCUUGCUACGGACAACAGUACAAGUUAGAGUCUAGAGAAGCGCUGGCCAGAACGGAGCGGAGUAGGGCCUCGCCACGGUCCCCAGUCCGCCUUUGCUCCAGGGUUGGCCUCUGCGGAGCUGACUGGACAGGGAUGUGACUGUCUCAUGGGAAGAGUGUGAGCCCAGAGGGACCUUGAGUCAGAAAUGCUGCCAGAGAAAGUGUCUCCUCCAACCGAAACAUCUCAAUAAAACCAUUUCAGUUUAAAAGCCA